AAGAAACGGAAAGUAUAGUGUCCUCAGAGAUGGAGAAAAUGACAUGACAACAUGCUCCAUGGAGGUGGCCUUCAUUCUGGACAGUUCGGAGAGCGCCAAGACCUUGCUGUUCGAGAAGCAGAAGUCCUUUGUUCUGCAUUUCAGCACUCGUCUCACCAUGCUCCAGUUGUCUGGAUGGACCCUAAAGCUGCGGAUGGCUGCUCUCCAGUACAGCAGCUCCGUGUCUGUAGAGCACAGCUUCACUGCCUGGCAGGACCUGGAUGUGUUCCACAGCAGAGUCAGCUCCAUGGCCUACAUUGGCCAUGGCACCUACUCCACCUACGCCAUCACCAACGCCACACAACUCUUCACCCAGGAGACCAAGGAGGACAGCGUCAGGGUGGCGGUGCUCAUGACCGACGGUGCUGAUCAUCCGAGGAACCCUGAUGUGAUCGGAGCAGCGGCGGAUGCUAAGGGUAGUGGUGUGAAGCUCAUUGCUAUAGGGUUGUCGGACCUGGCCCGCCAGAGCCAGAACAGUGCCAAACUCCGGGCUAUCGCCAGCACUCCGGCCAAGCAAUUCGUCCACAGUCUCACUGACCCCCAGCUAGAGGAGAAGUUACUGAAAGAGUUGGGUGCAAUAGCGCUUGAGGCGGGGGAGAUAGGAGACUGUGGCACCCCUGGGGAUAAAGGAGAUGAAGGCCCCGGAGGACCUCCUGGCCCACGGGGACCCAGAGGAGACCAGGGUGUUAACGGACCACCCGGGGACCAGGGUCCGGAGGGCCAAACAGGACCUAAAGGGGACCAAGGAACCACCGGUGCAUCUGGACCAGCAGGGGACAUUGGCAUUGGGUUCCCAGGUCCAAAGGGGGCCAAAGGAAUUCAGGGAAGACCAGGAACCCUUGGUCCCAUUGGAAUUGGAGAGCCAGGACAGCCAGGACCCCCAGGACUUGCUGGAGCACAGGGUAACCAGGGAGCUGUUGGGGAGGGGCUCGCUGGCCCAAAGGGGGAUCGAGGCUACGAGGGCCCCAGAGGUGAGCGUGGUCUCACUGGUGUUGGGGUCAAAGGUGAUAAGGGAAAUCCUGGACAGCUUGGAUCACAAGGACCGGUGGGAAUGCCAGGGACAGGAAUUCAAGGAGAAAAGGGGAACCAAGGGCCAGUUGGCCCUCCAGGCCCCAGAGGGAAUCCAGGUGUGGGACUUAUGGGCCAAAAGGGAAGCCAAGGCUUCUCAGGUGAGCCUGGAAUCCCAGGGGAGAGCGGUGUUGGGGAGCCAGGACCUAAAGGAGACCCAGGAUCGGAGGGGUUGCCUGGUAUUCCGGGCCUCUCUGGAGAGGAUGGAGACAUAGGACAGAAGGGUGACAUUGGGUUACAUGGGCCCAGGGGACCUGAUGGGGCACCCGGAAAAGGUGUCCCUGGAGAAAAGGGAGACCGAGGGGAGCGGGGCUCCAGGGGCCAGCUAGGGGCAGUAGGGCCUGUGGGGCAAAUGGGGGCCAAGGGUGAACCCGGACGUGCUGGACGAGCAGGUACAAACGGACCACCUGGGCGGGGGUUACCCGGUAUCAAGGGGGACCCUGGUGCAGUAGGCCCACCCGGACAUGUUGGUGAACCAGGAAUAGGAAUCACUGGACCGAAGGGGGAGAGAGGGCUACCAGGGCCCAUUGGUCCACCUGGGCUUGAAGGGGAAGGCCUUCCUGGAACUCCAGGAGCCCCUGGAGUACCAGGACUGACGGGUGAGAUUGGACCAGAAGGAAAAGGUUUACCUGGUCCUAAGGGAGACCGUGGAACUCCAGGCCCCACAGGACUAGCUGGAGCACCAGGAGUUGGGCUAAUGGGCCCCAAGGGGUCAGCUGGUCAGAUUGGAGCACCGGGUCCCCAGGGACUGCCUGGAGAGGGCAUUCAAGGACCAAAGGGGGAGUCAGGAUUCCAGGGGACCACGGGCCCCAGGGGGCCCCCAGGACAGGGUAUUCAAGGGGAUAAGGGAGACAGGGGGUUCGUGGGUGAACGAGGCAGAAAGGGGGACGGUGGAGAGACUGGAGAGACAGGAGCUGCUGGACCUUUGGGCAGACUGGGAGAAAAAGGGGAACCUGGCCUAACAAGAGAGGAGGUCAUCAAACUGGUCAGAUCUAUAUGUGGAUGUGGGGUGAAGUGCCGUGAGAGCCCACUGGAGUUGGUCUUUGUGAUUGACAGCUCAGAGAGUGUGGGCCCUGACAACUUCAACGUGGUUAAGGACUUUGUGAACGCUCUGGUCGACCGUGCCUCCGUGAGCCGGGAGACCACUCGCGUCGGGGUAGUCCUCUACAGCCACAUCAACAUGGUGGUGGUCAGUCUGCACCAGCAAGCCAGCCGGGACCAGGUGAAGAAGACGGUCCGCACAAUGACCUACCUGGGCGAAGGCACCUUCACGGGCAGCGCCAUACAUCAGGCCAACCAGGUGUUCCGGGCGGCCAGGCCCGGGGUGAGGAAAGUGGCCAUAGUGAUCACAGAUGGACAGGCGGACGAGAGGGACUCUGUGAGGCUGGAGGAGGCAGUGAAAGAGGCCAAUGGCAGUAACAUUGAGACGUUUGUCAUCGGGGUGGUGAACCAGAGUGAUCCGCUGUACGAGGAGUUUAAGAAAGAGCUCCACCUCAUGGCCUCUGACCCAGACAGGGAACACGUCUACCUGAUUGAUGACUUCAAGACACUUCCUGCCCUUGAGAGCAAGCUGCUGAGUCGGAUCUGUGAGAGUGAUGGCGGGGCCCAAUUCAGCUCCAUCCCUAGCUCCAGAUACUCCCCCGGAACCCCUGGACAAGCCGGGAUUGUCAGGGAAACCCCAGAGAGGACUGAUACUGACACACCGACUUUCAAUGGAGACUUUAAAAAAACACAGAUGGUGCCAGGUCCACCAGGAGAGUCAGACAGAGUCUUUAUCCCACAGGGCCCCCAGACCGGGGACCGAGAUAACUCGGAGACCAACAGGGUCCCAUCCUUUGACAGGGAACCCUUCAAGCGCCUACCAGAGUUCCUUCUUCCGUCAGAGAUGAAGAACCCCUCCCACAGUGUGGUCAUGACGGGCUCCCAGGCCCCCACCCAGAGGCCCCUUCCCGUAGUAAAGCUACCCGGGCUCCCCCCAACCUCUCCCCCAACCUCUCCACCUCUGCCCCAGGAUGCUUUAAUAGCGGAUGAGAGAUGUGGACAGACUCUGGACCCCGGGCCUUGCAGGAAUUACUUUGUGAAGUGGUACUAUGACACUACGGCUAAUGCCUGUGCCCAGUUCUGGUUCGGAGGCUGUCAGGGAAACCAAAACCGAUUUGAGUCGGAGAAGAGCUGCAAAAAAACCUGUGUUAAGGUCUAA